AAAAAAUGACAAUUAUUAAUUCUCUCCAAAAUCUAAACUCUCUUGAUAAUAAAAAAUACCUAAAGUCUACAAGAAGCCAGCAAGCCGCAGCCUCUAAUCUCGAUGUAAAUAGUUUGCCCCAAGUUGGUAAUAACUCAGUUGCCAUGUCAGCUCCAGAAUGGGUCGCAACAAGAAUCUGUGGACUUGGCUAACUAUAGUUUUGUCAUAAUGUUCCGUGUGGACGUGUUGUGCUUUUAAAAAUAAAAAAAAAUAAUAAAAAUAAAAAUAAAAUUCAAAUAAUUAUUAUUUGAAUUAAAUUCUCAUUUUUUAUAUU